UACGAUAAAGCACAAUAUUUGAAAGAAUUGCGAAAAAGAUCGAAGCUUUUUGGAUGGUGGGGAUUUGCAUGAAAAUCAAAAAUAGAAAAUUUUUGCAUGGAUGGUGUGAGAGAGAAGGAGAAGAAGAAGAAGCGAAAAGCGUGGAAAUCCAGUUAAAAGAAAUAGAAGUGUGGGAAUGGAGAGAAAGGGUGUGAGAGAAUAAUGAUGGAGGUGGAGCGUUCGUCGCUGUGCAACUGCGUCGUGAACUUUCUCCUGGAAGAGAACUACCUCCUCACCGCCUUCGAGCUCCUCCACGAGCUCCUCGACGAUGGCCGCCAAGACCAGGCGAUUCGUCUCCAGCACUACUUCGCCGACUCCUCCCGCUUCCCUCCCAACCAAAUCUCCCGCGUCAACUCCCUCCCCGCCGCCGAUCCCCAAACCCUCCUCCACCUCAAAAACGAGUCCGAACAAAAGCUCGCCAUCACCGAUUACGAACUCCGUCUCGCCAACGAAGACAUCGCCAAACUCAAAUCUCAAUUGCACUCCCACACCCAACGCCUCAAUCAGCUCUACGCUCCCCAGUCCAACGGAGAUGCUUGGGAGGCACAGAAUCACGAACCCAAGGGAAACGACAUGGGACCGCUCACCGACACCGAGCGUCGAGAUCUUAACUGUGCUGUCAAGGAAUAUUUGCUUUUUGCCGGCUACCGUCUCACUGCAAUGACAUUCUAUGAAGAGGUUACAGACCAGAACCUGGACAAUGGGAGUAACACAUAUGCAUCAGUACCGCACGCCUUGCGUCACUAUUAUUACCAUUAUGUUUCAUCAUCUUCAGUGGUUGCUGAGGGUAAAAUUAUCCAAGGUCAAGAAAGUAACCCACUGUUGAAAGCAAAUGAGAGGUUGAAACAAGAAAAUGAAAGCUUGUUGAAGGAUAAAGAUAUGGCAUAUGGUCAAAUUACAGCAUUAUCAAAAUCCUUGGAGGCAUUACGCAAAGAUCUUAAAGACAAAGAGAACAUGGCGCAAGUUUUAAAGCAGUCCUUGGAGAAUCAAAGAAAAGAUCUUCAUGCUAGCAGAAUUGAGAUCAGUAAGCUGAAAAUGAAUAUCGAACGAUCUGGUUCAGGAAAUCGUGUGGUUGUUGGUGAUGUUGACAACUCUCAACUUGCGUCUUCAGAUAAUUAUAAGGAAGAAAUUAACAAAUUGCAAAUGGAAGUUGAAUGGUUAAAGGAACAAAACAGAGGAAUUCCUGAACAUGGAAAAUUUGUUGGCUAUGAAAAUGAAACUUUACAUAUAGAAGACAAAGAAAUAGAGAUUCAUGAGGACCAAGGUGCAAUUUCUUACACUAGUGAUGCAGCACUCGAUAUCAUACGCAAUGACGAUGCUCAAUCAACAACUUCUCGAACUAUGAGCAAAUAUACCGAUAAACACGAAGAUGAACCAUAUGCAUUAUUCAAUCCUGCAAAUGCAAAUAAUGCUUUUGAAAAUGUCCCUGGACAAAAUGCAAGCAAGCAAGAAGGGGAUAACAAGAUAAAUGCAAAAACAGAUAAUGCAAAUGAUGAAGCAAUAUCUGAGAAGAUGGCGAAGAUGGGAUUAAGAACCAUUCAAAUACUUGCAGAUGCUUUGCCUAAAAUUGUUCCUUAUGUAUUGAUCAAUCAUCGUGAGGAACUUCUUCCCUUAAUAAUGUGUGCAAUUGAGCACCACCCAGAUAGCAGGACUCGGGAUUCUUUGACCCAUACAUUAUUCAACUUAAUCAAGCGCCCUGAUGAACAACAAAGACGAAUAAUAAUGGAUGCAUGUGUCAGCCUUGCAAAGAAUGUUGGAGAGAUGAGAACAGAAACAGAAUUGCUUCCUCAGUGUUGGGAACAAAUAAAUCACACGUACGAGGAACGUAGACUGCUUGUUGCUCAAUCAUGUGGCGAGCUUGCAGAGUUUGUGCGGCCUGAGAUUCGGGAUUCCCUUAUUUUAUCUAUUGUGCAACAACUAAUAGAAGAUGCUGCCAUUAUUGUUCGAGAGGCUGCAGCUCAUAAUUUGGCUAUGUUGCUUCCACUUUUUCAAAGCUUGGAUAAAUAUUUCAAGGUGGAGGAGUUGAUGUUCCAAUUGAUAUGUGAUCGAUCAGGAGUGGUGGCCGAAACUACUCUGAAGGAAUUGGUUAUUGCAGUUGUAAAGUGGGGAAACAAAUUAGACCAUGUUUUGAGAGUUUUAUUCUCACACAUUUUGAGUUCUGCUCAGCAUUGUCCACCUCUUUCUGUAAUUGAAGGGUGUAUAGAGUCACAUCUACAUGCAUUGGGUGAAAGAGAACGUUGGAAUAUAGAUGUUCUAUUGAGAAUGCUAGAGGAAUUGAUUCCUUUCGUGCAUGAAAAAGCUAUUGCGACAUGUCCUUUCUUGUCCACAAUAGAAUCUACUGAAGUUGUGUUUUCUACCACAUUGCUUAAAUUGUAUUCAAGGGGGAAUGUUGAAUGGGAUGCAUUUGAAUGGAUGCAUCUUGAGUGCUUUCCCAAAUUGAUACAACUGGUGUGCUUGCUUCCAUGGAAAGAAGAUAACUUAAGGAGUCGAAUUUCAAAGUUUUUGUUAUCUGUUUCUCAAAGGUUUGGGGAUUCCUAUGUGACAUGCAUCAUGCUACCCGUAUUUUUAACAGCACUGGGAGAUGAAGCUGAUUUGACAUUUUUUCCUACUACCAUAAAAUCAAGGAUCAAUGGUUUGAGACCAAGAUCUGUUGUUGUGGAGAAGCUCUCGAUAUUGUGUGUCCUACCACUUCUGUUGGCCGGUAUUUUAAGUGCUCCCGGAAGACGUAAUCAACUAGAAGAUUACUCAAAAAAGUUGCUUGUAGAAGACAAUUCAAUAGAGAAUCAACCAACAAAACACACUCCUGAGAUUAUUAAUGCUAUUCGCUUCAUUUGCAUAUUUGAAGAAAAUCAUGUUAUGAUAUUUAAUAUAGUGUGGGAAAUGGUUGCUAGCUCUAGCGUGAACAUGAAAAUCACUGUUGCCAAGCUUCUAAAAGCUAUUGUGCCAUACAUUGAUGCAAAACUAGCUUCAACUCAUGCUUUGCCUGCCCUAGUUACACUUGGAUCUGACCAAAACCUUGAUGUUAAAUGUGCCAGCAUUGAUGCAUUUGGUGUUGUGGCUCAACGCUUUAAAAAUGACAUGAUAGUUGACAAGAUACGUGUUCAAAUGGGUGCUUUUCUUGAAGAUGGAUCCCAUGAAGUUACUAUUUCCGUCAUUCGUGCGCUGGUGGUUGCAUUACCAAAUACAACAGAACAACUUAGAGAUUAUCUUGUAUCCAAGAUUUCUCAACUUACAGCCGUACCCACAACUGCUUCAAGUGACUUAACACGCCGACGAGAAAGAGCUAAUGCAUUUUGUGAGGCAAUUCGUGCUCUAGAUGCUUCAGAUCUUUCUGCAAGUAGUGUGCGAGACUAUCUCCUUCCAGCAACACAGAACCUUUUAAAAGACUUGGAUGCACUAGAUCCAGCUCACAAAGAAGCCCUUGAAAUUAUCAUGAAAGAAAGAACUGGGGUAAGUUAUGGAGGUGCAAGUAAGUCAAUGACUUCUCAUCUUGGGUUUCCAUCAUCGGUGAGCAAUUUCUUUGGUGAUGCUGGGUUGCGUGGAAAGAGAGACAGCACCGAAGAGAGAGUGGUGUUCCCCAAGACUGUCACAACACCACAACCACAAGUCGAGGACACCAGAUUAAGGCGCAUCAUGCUUGGACAUUUUAGUGAAAUACUUAGGACCAGAGGAAAACACCAGGACGAUUCUCACAACCAAUAAGACUUGUUAGAACAACAUUUUUCACUAUCAGUGUUGCAAAUUUCAAUAAAAACUGGUUUUUCUUAUUUCUUUAGUUCGAUAUAUAUAUUGUAAAUUACUAUAUGUUAUUUAAAAAGUAACACUAGUUAACAUUCAUUCUAUCAUCUUAAUGUAUCACCCAACCAAAUGAAUGGUUAGAUUUCAAACAAAUUUGGUUUGAAAAA